AGGAACCCUUGACCGAGGAACCCCAUAACCGCUUAUGCUUCGUCGCAUCGCAUCUGGACUGGUGAGGCUUGAGCGUCGGAAGCGAUGCUCAACUGCGGAGCUGCAAUUGCUUCAGUCCCUCCAUUUUUUCGAGUGAUGGGCUACGCUGACGCCCAGGAAGGCGCGUUUUCUCGAACUGCCUUCCGCUCCACCGAAAAGGCCUACAAACGCUACACGCAUGUCUCGUCUGCCAAGUCUCGCAACCAGCACUCUCGCCGGGCACAAGUUCCUGCAACGGAUGUUUCGAAGGUUUUAGAUUUUAAGAAGCUUGGCGAAGAUGGGGAGUACAACAUUGAAGGAGUGUCGCGUGUGGAAGGAUCUGGAUGGCCUGUCUAUACUAUUGAUAAGCAUCCUGGAUUUUACUUCAUCCCUGAAGCUCUAAACAAGGCUGAACAACUUUAUUGGGCUACUGAAUGCUUGACAACAUUUCCACAACCCCCAAAUCGUACCAACCACAAUGCCAUGUAUGGUCCAAUCGCUAAUCUAUGGGCGGCUUUUCAAGAGAACAAAAUACUUGUGGAGGUUGCUUCUGGAAAACAAGAACGCGAUUUAAUUUCCAACUCAGCAGAAACUCGUAGUGUUGACGAGAAGAUAUCCGACAGUAUUGAAAGUGUUAGAGCAGAAGUCUCUGAUGACAUCACGGUAGUUGAAAAGAAUAGAUUUCACGAUAAUGGAAUCACAACUUCAGGAGGAGAUGGUGGAAAUAGCUGGGAGUUUCGUGAUUGUUCCACAGAUUUUCUGAAAACGUCAUCAGCAAAAACGGUUUCAUCGGAAACUCUUGUGAGGAAGUUGAGAUGGGCUACAGUCGGCAUCCAGUUCGAUUGGUCCAAACGAGCAUACAACGAAGCUCUUCCGUUUCAAGAAAUUCCUCCCAAACUGGCAGACUUAGCGAGGCGGCUUGCCAAGCCAGCUAUGGAGAAUGAAGACUUCAAAGCAGAAGCAGCUAUCGUAAAUUUUUAUGGUCCUGAUGAUAUGUUGGGGGGGCAUGUUGACGAUAUGGAGGCAGACAUGAGUAAGCCCAUCGUCAGUAUCAGCUUGGGAUGCAAAGCUAUAUUUCUACUAGGAGGUACAACACGGGAUGAACCUCCAGCAGCCAUGUUCGUAAGAAGUGGAGAUGUUGUGCUCAUGGCUGGUCCCGCACGACACUGUUUUCACGGUGUACCUCGUAUAUUUAGUGAAGCGAAGGAAUCAGAGUUGCCAGACUUUACAUCUAUGUCAGAUGUGGACGGAAUUCAACCGAGAUCAAUCGUGAAGUAUCUUGAAAGCUCACGAAUUAAUGUGAACAUUCGACAAGUUCACUGAAUCUCUUCCUAAUGGAGACACGUCAUAAGAUUGCAUAGAGCACCACAUUUUUGUAGCAGCAAUAUUUCUUAUACGUUGAAUAUAUAUUCAAAGCAAUAUUGGUCGAACAAUCUUGCCUACUGUCCUUGCAUUUGAUAAACAAAAAUAUUCUGUGUACUCUAAACUUAACUUACAUACUGUUGUUUUU